UCCGCAGGCCGACGUCACCGCCAGGGGCAAUGAAGGCCAGUCGGCGCGGCUCCACCGCCGGCCUCACGCUCCGGGCCGCGCUGGCGAUUAUCGCCGCCCUCCUGCCCUCGUGCCCCACCGCCGUCGCCACGCCGUUCUCGCCCGACGUGGAGCUGCAGAAGAUGGUGCUGGAGCCGAACUCGGGCGCGCUCAUCGUGGCCGGCGACAACACGCUGUUCCGGCUGGCGCCCGACCUGAGCGUGGAGCGCACCGAGGAACUCUGCUGCUCCCCCUCCUCCUCCUCCGCCUCCGCCGCCGACUGCCCCAGCAUCACCUGUUCGGGCGGCGGCUCCGGCCAGCCCUGCCGCAACCCCGUGAUCAUGCUGACGCUGCUGCCCGGCGCCGCCGAGCAGCUGGUGGUGUGCGGAAACGCGACGUGCGGGCCGCUGGAGGCGGGCUGCGAGGUGCGCUCGUCCGCCAACCUGUCGCGGGCGCCCCACUCGGACGCCAAGUACUGCACCUACAGGUACACCAAGGUGGCCGGCGAGCAGAGCGCCGCCGUGGCCGUGGCGGCGCCCGGCGGCGCGGGCAAUGUCCUCUACUUGGGCCUGGGCCACGCCAACUCGUUCAGGGGCCACCCGCUGUCCAUGCAGGACCUCAAGGGCAACGUGCUGUGCCGCAUGGACCACGCCUCCAUGGCGCUGUGCAACCCGUACGGGCUGUACGAGCACCUGUUCGUGGCGGCCUUGGCCACCGAGAGCCACGCCUUCUUCGUGUUCCGGCGGAGGAACGGCACGAGCAAGGCGGUGGCCGGCGCGAGCCACCCGUACCUCACCUACGUGGGCCGCCUGUGCCUCGACGACGUCAACUACUACUCCUACGUGGAGGUGCCCCUGCGGUGCGAGGGCCGUCCCGGCGGCGGGCCCGAGAGGCUCGCGAGCGCCGCGUGGCUCGGCGAGCCGGGGCCCGCCUUGGCGGGAGGGGGGGCCACCCUGGUGGUCGCGUUCGUCGACGCGGGCGGCAGGAAGCGCUCGGCGCUGUGCGCCUACCCGCUGAGCGCCCUCGACGCCAAGAUCGACGAGACGAGGCAGGAGUGCUACACCAAGCAGAGCCCCAGGAGCAACGACGUCUACCUGCCGUACCGCGAGAACGACGGCGAGGACUGCACCGCCAACACGCCGGCGCACAACGUGGCGCAGUGGCCGUGCGGCAGUGACCACCUGACCAAGAUCCUGGCGAGCCGCUCGGGGGUGUCGCGCCGCCCGCUGCUCGAACUCAACGUCACGCUGCUCACCUCCGUCGCCGUGACGACCGAGAAUGGCCACACCGUCGCCUUCCUGGGCGACCACGACGGUUUCCUGCACAAGGCGUACCUGGGCCAGGGUGAGACGUCCCGUGUCUACGGGAAAGUCAAGGUCGGCUCCGGCCAGCGCGACCCCAUCAACAAAGACUCGGUGCUGGACCCCAAGGGGCAGUACCUCUACGUGUUGAACACGCGCGAGGUGCACCGAGUGCCCGUGCAGCGCUGCGGAGCCAACCGGAGCUGCCCAGACUGCCUGGCGCUGGACGACCCCUACUGCGGCUGGUGUGUGCUGCAGGGCAGGUGCUCGCGCAAGAUGGAGUGCGAGCGGGGAACCGAGCCCGGCUGCUGGGUGCAGACCUACGAGAACACGAGUUGCCCCACCAUCGCCUCCGCCACCCACAGCCUCAGCGUCAAGCUGCCACCCACGUCGGUGACGCUGCACGUGCCGGCGCUGCCGGCGCUGCACGAGGGGGAGCUGCUCACGUGCCACUUCGACGCGUUCGAGUCGCCCGCGACGGUGGCGGGCGCCGACGUGACGUGCGCCCAGUCCCUGCCGCUCGACGCCAUCCCGGCCAUCCCGCCCAACAGCGACCACGUGGACGUGCGCGUGGAGGUUCGUUACGGGGAGGUGAGCGUGGCGCACGCUCUGCUCCCGUUCUACGACUGCGAGCGGGUGGUGCAGGACGACGAGACGAGUCCGUGCGCUCACUGCGUCACGAGGCACUGGACGUGCAGCUGGUGCCCUCUGGAGUUCAAGUGCACGCACGAGCCCCAGUGUACUUCCGCCCACACGGUGUCGAGCAGCGACGAUUGCCCCGCGAUCGACAAGGUGCUGCACUCCCUGGUGCCCACGGGGGUUCCUCGCCACGUGCGCAUGACCGCUCGCAACCUCCACCUGCUGGACCACGUGAAGGAGGUGACCUGCACCGUGCUGGUGGAGGGUCGCACCGUCGCCAGCCUCGGCAGCGUCGACGACACCGGCGCGGUGACGUGCGAUGCCCAGAUCUACGAGUACCACACGGAGAGCAUGGAGUACCAGGCGGAGGUGUGGCUGGAGCUGAGCAAAGGUCAUCGCCUUGACAACCAGCAGCGGCACAACGUGACGCUGUACGACUGCUCCAAGGUGCAGACGGACUGCAGCGAGUGCGCGGUCUCGGAUGCGCGCUACGGCUGCGUGUGGUGCGCCCACUCGUGCCGCUACAACGAGAGCUGCGCCGCAGUCUCCCCCGAGUGUCCGGGGCCCAUGGUGAAAUCGAUCGAGCCACACACGGGCGUGCUGGAGGGCGGCACCAUCCUCACCGUGCACGGCUCCGACCUCGGACGCUCUUUUGAAGAGGUGGUGUCAGUGCUGGUUGGGAGCAAGCCGUGCGUGCCGCUGCAAGACCUCUACAGAGUCUCCAAGAGAAUCGUGUGCACGACGGGCAGCGCGGACAGCGCCGGCGAUGUGGCGGUGGUGGUGGAGAUCGCCGAUCGAGCGCCGGCCUCGUUCGAGCACUUUACGUACCAGAGUCCCUUCAUCACGAAGCUGGAACCGAGUGAGGGGCCGGUCGAGGGAGGAACCCGCAUCACCAUCUUCGGGAAGCACCUGCUGACGGGAAACCGGGAACUCAUCGCCGCCUUCAUCGGGGACAGCCCGUGCAGCGAUCUGCGCAUGGUGGGGGUGGAGGAGGAGGCGACCCUCGAGUGCUCCACGCCCAAGGUGCAGGAGAAGGUCUCCGUCGCCGUCAGCCUGCGCUACGGCGGCACCAGCGUCUCCAACGCCAGCGCCGAGGUCUUCGAGUACAAAGAAAACCCAAUCAUCAACGACUUCAACCCCAAAAGCAGCUUCUAUGGGGGCGGCCGCGUGAUCACGGUGAGCGGCUCGAAGCUGAACACGGCGCUGAAGAUGUCCAUGGAGGUGGAGGUGCAGCUCCCACGCCGGCGGCGCUCCCUGCACCCCUCCACAAUCUCGAGUCCCUGCGAGUUCCGCUCGGCGGAUGAGGCCCUGUGCCCCUCCCCCACCGUGCCGGACGGCUCGACGGUGCUCCGCUCCUGGUUCCAGCUGGACGGGUUCCGCAGCGACGUCACGUCGCUCCUGACGUACGAGGAGAACCCCCUGCUGUGCCGGCCCGGCACCGCGCCCUACGUCAUCAACGGCCACAACAUCCUGACCAUCAAGGGCCAGAACCUGAACAAGGCCAUGGAUAAGGAGGAGGUGGAGGUGACCAUCGGCGAGGAGCAGUGCAAGGUGGAGAUGAUGGACAGCUCCUCCCUCUACUGCAAGCCCCCGCUCACCCAGCCCAGCGCCAGGGCCGGCGGCGACGAGGCUGGCUACGGGCAGGAGGAGGAGAUUAUCGACCGUUCUCUGAACUGCACGUUGGCCACUUCCUCCACCUCCCGGCGGCGCCAGCGUCGAGACGGUGACGGCGACCUCCCCCAGCUCAUAGUGCACAUGGGCGUGCUGCGCUUCCCGCUGGGCCGCGUGCGCUACUCGACGGGGGACGGCCUGCUCUCCAAGGGGGCUAUCGCCGGCAUUGCCGUGGGCCUCCUCCUGCUGCUACUCGCCAUCAUCGCCCUCAUUCUCCUCCUCCGACACAACGCCAACCGCGAAAAGGAGAAGAUCCUCAUGGAGAUGACCAGGAUGGAGGACAAAGUGCGGGACAUGGUGCGGCGCGAGUUCGCAGACCUUGUGACGGACAUGUCGGACCUCGACGUGCUGGUGGACGAGACGGGCAUCCCCUUCCUCGAGUACCACCGCUACGUGGAGCGCAUCUUCUUCCCGGGGCAGCAGCAGCUGCUGUGCGAGGGGGCGGCGCCUCCUCCCGCGUCGCCCUCGUGGGACGCGGCGCUCACGGGCUUCCACAACCUGCUCAACAGCAAGCUCUUCCUCAUCAAGUUCAUCCAGACUCUGGAGAUGCAGCAUGGCGGCGUGAGCCAGGCGCACUGUGGGCGCAUCGCGUCGCUCGUCACCGUGGUGCUGCACGACAAGCUCGAGUACUACACGGACAUCCUCAAGACGCAGCUCGUCGCCAUCAUCGACAACGACGUCGAGACCAAGCCCAAGCUGCUCUUCCGCCGGACGACGACGGUGGCUGAGAAGAUGUUGACGAACUGGAUGUCGAUCUGCCUCUACACGCACCUGCGGGAGACGGGAGGCAAGCCGCUCUACAUGCUGUUCAAGGCCAUCAAGUACCACGUGGACAAGGGCCCCGUGGAUGCGCUCAUGCACAAGGCCAAGUUCACGCUGGACGAGAACUCGCUGCUCAAGAACAACAUCGAGCACAAGGAGCUGACCCUGAAGGUGAACCUGGAGGAGAUGUUUGCGGCCAACGGCGCGGUAGGGGAGGCGCCGGUGGCCACGGAGGCCGAGGUGCGAGUCCUGGACUGCGACACGGUCACCCAGGUGAAGGAGAAGAUCCUGGACCACGUGUACCGCAGCGUGGGACACUCACAGCGGCCCAGCGCGAGCGGCCUGGAGAUUGAGCUGUGCUCGCAGAGGGGCGGAGGCAGCGGGCUCACGCUGUCCGACGAGGACAACACCUCGGAGUCGGAGGCCGGCGUCCGGAGGCUCAACACGCUGAGCCACUACAAGAUGUGGGACGGCAGCACGGUGAUGCUGGUACCGCGCAGUCAGCGGCACGUCAAGCCGUACAACCAGAACCACGACACCAGGCACUUGGCGGGCGAACGCACGUCGAUGCUGCGUCACAACGAGGAGGACGGCCUCGCAUCCUACCACCUCAUCAAGGCCACGGACGAGGACGAGGUGGACAAGAAGCAGAGGCUGGUCCGGGAGCAUGACCACGUCAUGGCCAUCCCCGAGAUUUACCUGACGCGCCUCCUCACCGUCAAGACGGCGCUGCAGGAGAUGGUGGAGCGCGUGUUCCGCGGCAUCCUGAGCACGGACUGCGCCGUGCCGCACGGAGUCAAGUACUUCCUGGACUUCCUGGACACGCAGGCCGAGCGCUACGACGUCAACAGCGACGUCCUGCGCAUCUGGAAGAGCAACUGCCUGCUGCUGCGGUUCUGGACGCUGCUGCUCAAGGACCCGCAGCUGGUGUUCGACGUGGAGGUGUCGGAGGUGGUGCGCUCCUCGCUAGACAUCAUCUCGCAGACCUUCAUGGACGCCUGCUCGCCGGAGGUCUACAAGAUCACCAAGGAAGCCCCCACGCGCCGCCUCCUCUUCGCCAAGGAGCUGCCGCAGUUCCGCAAGAUGGUGGAGCGGUACUACGACGACGUGGCGCAGAUGGUGCCCGUGAGCGACCAGGACAUGAACUCGUGGCUCAACAGGCAGUCCUGCACGUACACGAGCGAGCUGGACAUGCGCGGGGCUCUGUACGAGCUGUACAAGUACGCGGACAAGUACUACGAGAAGAUCGCGGAAGCCCUGAAGGAGGACACCACGGGGCAGCUCGCCGACCGAUUCCGCACGGCGAUGCGUGACAACCCGCCGACCGGGCACUGACGCGGCCGCUGCCGUGUGGCGACCGCCCCACGCCGCACCGCCCACCCACGCCAAGCGCCGCACUCAAAAGCCGUGGAGGCGAUGGCGCCGACAGCAGGAGGAGUCCCGGCGAGAACGCCGAUGGCGCGGACGCUGGUUUUCCAAAUCCCACGGCGGAGGGCCCCCCCCCCCCCCGGGAGGUGGUCGUCUUGCGAUGGGCCGCGUGCCGAGCACCGAUUUCUCCCCCCCCCCCCCCCGACGAGCGUUCGCCACGCGGCACCGCGGGCCUCGUCUCAUUUGCUUCCCGGUUAUCCUGCCGGGCCCCAGGACUCCCGUGAUUGGAUGGCGGUGACCGCCUCGUCACCGCCUCGUCACCGCCACGCCGAUUCAGAUCGUCGGUCGUCCCGUUGUGUGUGGUGUGCGGCAACGUCCCAGGGCGGAAUCUCGCUGCUUCCGAACCCGGCUCGCGGCUUGCGGCUCGCGUCCGCCUUGCCCAUGGAAACCCUGCACCGGCACCGUCAUCCGGCGAGUUCCAGCGGCGAUUCCUCUCCGCCCAGUCCGCGCUUGCCGGCGCCGCCGCCACCGCCACCACGACCACGCAAAGCAGCGCCUGACCCAAGCCGGAUCCAAGCCGGAUCCGAUCGCCCGCGAGCCUUCGACAGCAGCGUGCGCCGGGACUCGCGAAGGAAGCGUGUGGGUGCAAGGAGGGCAUGCGGCCGUCCUGGGCGGCCGUUGCCGCGAUGUUCCCGCCGGUGCGCUUGGCGGGUGUAACCCGCGGAGCGCAGAUAUGGUGGGGUGGGGGUCCCUCCGCUGCCACAGCCACCACUUUUAUCAUCUCCUCCCCAAGAAUUCCCUCCACGCGCACCUCGCGCAACGUGGCCAGGCGCGUCGCCGGGUCGCUGGUGACGCGAGGAGCUUGCCCCCCCCCCCCCCCGUCGGUCUUCUAUCAAUGGACUGCUGGAUGGAGGGCGGGAUGGGGGGGGUGUAGGGGGGGGUCGCCCCUUCACGGUGCCGCAACGCCGCAACAAUCCGCAGGCCGGCGGCACCUGCGUACGAUCUCACAAAGUUCAUCUCAUCUCGAGUGGCCACGGGGGCACCAUAUGUGUCGUCAAACCACGUGGGUAGUCUCUCUGCAUUUUUUUCAACAGAGGAGGAACAGCAAAAGUGACACGAACUCUCUUCUCUCCUCUCGGAGGCACAACUCUCUCAUCGUGGUUAACAGAACCUCGACAUCGGCAUCUGGCUCCCGGAAUGUAUUUUUCCCGCACGUGCCAAGUUAAUACCGCAACUCCAAUCUCACACGUCCGCGAAGCGCGAGAGAGAGAGAGGGGGCGGUGGGGGGGGGAAUGAUCGUAACGCGAGAGAGAGAGAAUUAACGAUGUAACACGCGAGACCGCAGAGUCGAUGACGACGACGUCGAUGACGACGACGACGACGACGACGACGAUGCGGUCGCUCGGCACGUCCGCUUCAUUUCACGUCGCGACGCCGGUUCGAGCCCCACGCCACCGUGGUGCCGUCGGGGACCGGGGGGGGGGGCUGCUCGGAGGGGAGGGGGAUUCGAGGUCGAAUUGACGAAUUGAGAAGCACGAAGCGUUUGUACGUUUGUAUCCGCCCGUCUUUGUAUAAAAUCAAUAAAAGCUGUAAUUGAUG